AUGGCUCGAUUUCUGAAGGAACAACAGGCCACGGUGGUAACACCUACUCCAGUGGUCGACGACAACGUUGGAUCGCGGGACGUGGAGAUGGAAUCAGCCGGAUCGCCGGAUCAAGAUCUCUCUCAGUGGGAAUACGAUCCGGACGACAUUGAUCUACCGAGUUCGGCCCCUGCUGCGGUGGCCCCUGCUGCGGUGGCCACCGCUGCCUCAGGAUCCACUGGGUCCUCCUUGAUCCAGCGUGUGCGGAUUUCGGCGAUGUCCGAUCUUAAGGAGUUCAGUGGCAAGGAUCAGGACGAAGACCGCGCCCGAUCGUGGAUCAGCAAGGUGAAGUCGGCGUUCCUGCGAGAUCAGGCUACGGACGAAGAGAAGUGCCUGACCUUCGCUGAUCUACUGACGGGCCCGGCGAAGAACUGGUACCGCCAGCUGGGCCGAUCGACGCGGAACAAGUGGAGCGAUCUACUCCGGAGUUUCCAGAUCCAGUAUUGUGGCCUGGGAGUAUCGGUCGCUUGGCAGUAUUACCAUUCUCUCAAGAGAUCAGAUGAAUCGCCGUUGGAGUACCUCUAUCGACUGAAUGUGGCGGCUCUGCGUGCGAGAUUGAAGAUCAAGGACGGAGAUUCUAAGGCCCGCCGAGAACAUGUCGAACACUUUAUCGAGACGCUGGGCGAUCCGGAACUGGCCGAUCGGCUCUGUAAUGGGCCCCAGUUACAUAAGUAG